CUACAUCGAAUAUAAAAACGUCACCCGAUUUCUGGAUAUCUGGACAUGAGCUGACGUGAGUCACAGUUGUCAAAAUUUUAGGUUAUCCCGUUUUCGAUUAUCCAUAAUAUUUCUAAUAUUUUCAUUAAAUAUGGUAUAUUAUACAAUGUAGCUUGUUGUUUCGUUAAUAUCAACCAAUAUGGCUCCAGUGAUUGAAAACCAACAAAGCCCGUUGUUGUCGAACGAGGAAAACUUGCAGGUGUUCAAACUUCUGGGAAAUCGGUGCCAGUCAUUAUCUACUGCAGUGGUACAAUUGUAUCAAACACAGUCCCCCUACCAUUCACAAUGGGUUAAGAAAAAUACUGGAGUGCUCUGUUUCAUCAAGGACAAUACCAAGAGGAAUUUCUUUUUCCGUCUAUACUGUCUUAAGAGAAACUCCAAGGUGUGGGAACAUGAAAUGUACAAUGAUAUGGAAUACAUUGAAGGAACACCAUUUUUUCAUAUAUUUGAAGGAAACGACAGUCUGGUGGCGUUCAAUUUUGCAUCUGUCGAAGAAGCGCGCGACCUGAAAUACGUGGUGCACCAAAAAGUGCUAGCACGGAAAAGGCGCGAAGAGAAACAUAACCGGCAGCAAAACACGCACAGCCAGACGUUGCCUUCUCCGAAAGCGCACGUGCAAGACGUGGGCCAGAAUUUUGCGUUCAAAAAGACGUUGGAUCCGGUGGCCAAGCGGAAUAAACGGCGAAGGAAUAUCACCAAAGCGGACAUCGGCUGUCCCAGUGACUUCAAACAUGUCUCGCAUAUCAGUUGGAACUCAACGUUUGGCUUUGAUAUUGAUACGGAGGAUGAGUCGCUCAAGACCUUCUUCAAAAAGGCUGGAGUGUCUGAGCAUCAGUUGCGCGACAAGCAUACCAGAGCAUAUAUAUAUGACUUCAUAGAAAAAGAAGGUGUCAGAGAGGCGCUGUCAAACACAUCCAUGGCCCCGACUGCCACUUCCAAACCGACAACGCCAGCGCAGGAUGUCACACCACCUGCUGUACCACCCAGAGGUUCAACGGGCAGUAACUACCAGCAGCAUCACCACAACCGCGGAGGUAGCGGCGGCUGUACCGCAGCGCAUUUUCGCAACGCUCCCCCACCACCCGUUCCAGGCGGCAAAGCUCCUCCACCUCCAGUCCCUGGCGGCAACAAACCAGCACCCGCUCCUCCCCCACCAGUUCCUCCAUCCAAUCGUCAACCGCCACAACGACCUCAGGCCCCGCCUCCUUCUAAACGACCGCCUCCUAUCCCCAGCACUGCUCCACCGACAGCUAAUCAGGCGCCACCCGCGCCUGCCCCUCCUGCACCACCUCCGCCGCCUCCAGGGGUUCCUCCACCGCCUCCGCCACCGCCGGCUGAUGACGCGCCGCCUCCGCCAUUGCCAAGCUCGUUGCCGCCACCGAUGAAUUCUGGCGGGUUGUCGUCAGAGUUGAUGCAGAGUAUUAGGAAUGGAACCACGCUCAGGCCGGCUGCCGAAAGGGACGAUAAUCGUCCCUCCCCCAAGCAACCUGAUGACGCUCGAGGGAUGCUCCUCGACGAGAUCCGACGAGGCUGCAAACUGAAACCAGUCGAGAGAGAGGCAAAGUCCCCUUCAGGCUCUGACAGCAUCAAUUCCUCGUUCCAUAACUCCGGCGGUACACCAAACAAACCAAGCCUCGGCGAUAAUCUCGCUUUUGCUCUUGCUAGAGCCUUAGCAGAGCGCAGUAAAGCGAUACACUCUGAGGACGAUGACGAUGACAGCGACGCGCGUUCCGAUACUGAUGACGAUGAAUGGGAGGACUAGACGAGAAUCGCUCAUCUGUGCGAUACCUUAGAUUGUCCAGGAAAUUUGUCUUGUCAGGUGCCAAAGUUAUCAUUAGCUUGCAAAUACGAUGGUCCUUUUCACAACGGCUCAAUAUGCGAAGCCGCAAAAUGUUGAUUGUAGAGGCUAGAAAUCGCAUUCAUUCCAGUAUGUUCGAGUAUGAACGCUUUGCCAUAAUGCAUUUGAAAAAUAAGGUUAUGAUUAACGAUCAUGAUUGAUGUAGUGUAUACUGAUUCUUGAUCGUAUCACCAUGAGCAAGUACAUUUUUUACAAACGUCCAUUAAUCAUAUCCUUCCUUACAUUUCAGUCCUUGUGACAUGAUCCUCAAAGACUCAUAUUCUCUAAUGGUAGAGUUCGAUCUCUUGCCUCUACAUAUUGGAGUUAACUCAUAUCAGCCCAUUGCAAAAAAGAGUUAGAUUAGAGGGUACAAAAAAGCUUAGGCAGGUCGAUAAAAAUUACGGGCCCGCUUGCAGUAGUCAUUUAAUUCAAGAGAAUGCGAAAUGAAGGUUGCCCAAAAUCCUUUCAAACUAUUGAGUUACGUUAUUAGUUAGGUACACCAUUAAUUCUGUACAUAAUUAUGUUAGUUUUGGGAUGCCCCGCCUAACACAGCCUAUUAACCUCAUAUUAAUACUGUAAGUUGUAUAGUUUAACCAUAAUAUAUAGUUGAAUACAGAAUGUAACGUUAUAUUCAUCAUAUUACAGAAAUACAGGGUGACUUUGAAGUUGAGUCAUUAAUUUUCAGAUAAUGAUUGUAGAAGGAAGAUAAACCAAAAUAUGUGUGUAAGAAUAAAAAAAAAUUAAAAAAAAAUGUUACCUUGUUUUCUAAAGUAUCCUCCCGACAAGUAUUUCAGUGCGGACCUGUAUUUGAUCUUGCGGUCUUGGAGCACCGGCAUGCCGUCCUCUGUGAGGUCUUAAGUCACCUGAUUCACGAGCCCUUUGUACUACAUUAACAAAGGCACGAGGGGUUGGUUGCACUCGAUUGGGAAACCGAUCCGCAUAAAUCCGUGAUGCCGCAUGUCCACAAGUUCAGCAUUUUCGUAAACAUGUGCCAUUUUUGAUUUCGUUUGAGCCACGCAACAGACACCACUAUUCACUCACGCGUUACCGACUGACACUGACUGUAUACAAAUAAUUGUAAAAACAUCGUUCCAAAUUCUUUCGCUUUUUUUUCCGAUCCGAUGAACCGAUAAGGCGGAUUAUAUCCGUUGUCGCCAAACACGAGCACAUAAUAUUAUUAUUCAGACAGGGCGGUACUCAAACUUCCAAAGGGUUAUAACUUUGUUACUUUAAUUUUACCAGAAAAAUCGUAAAGGAAAAAACAUUUCUUUUGAUCAGAUCUACUCACUGUUAAAAUAAAUGACUCAACUUCGAAGUCACCCUGUAUAUCCAAAGUACCAAAAUACCCAUAUUUUGGUUCAUAUUUCUUCAAAUUUGGAGAAACAUACUAACAUUAAAGUUACUUUAAUUUUAAUCAUAUUUAUUUUGGAUGAGUUUGCAAUACUACAAUAAAAUAUUAACUUUUACACAACUAGUACUGGAAUAGAAAAUACGUUGCACUAUGUUCAUAUAGUCUAACAUCAGAAUUAGAAGCGACCCACACCCAUCUAUUUAAUGGAUGAAGUAUUUUAUAUUAAAUUUAGUGAGUUAAAAAAUAUAUCGAGAGUGGAUUAGUUCCUGGCGAGACUAUGGUUAAUUUAAAAUUGAAAAAUUACUAUUUAUUGAACAUAGCACUAAUGAGUUUAACGACCAAAAGAAGGAAGCCUGUAGAAUAUAUGCGAACAUUGAGUUGUUUAUUUUUCCCUGGCGUAGCUACUGGGUUGACAGGUAUAAACAGGUAAGUGUAUAAACACAGGUAGUUAUUUGCACCGAUUUGUUUAAUAAAUAAAUCUUUUAUCAAAAUAUUAAACACCCUUUCAUUGCAAACACGAUGAUAUAGGGCUGUUUGCAAAAAGCCUGGAUGAAAUGAGGUGAUUUUUCAAUUUUUAAUUAAUAACAGUCUCGCGAAGGGUGUUUUAGCCGACCCACUCCCGAUAUAUUUUUUAACAUACUAAAUUUGAUAUAAAAUAAUUUUCAUCCAACAGAUAAGUGAAGGUCGUUUCUCAUUCGGAUCUUCUACUAUACCCCAUUCGUAGUCCAUUUACGCCCAGCAAAAACACAACAUGCUCAAAAGCUAGAUUGUACAGGUCCGUAAUUUCCUCAAUUGUCUUGGAAUAAUCUAAAAAUAAAUGAUUAUUUUUUUAGUAAGAAGUGCACAUAUUUUUCACAAUUCUUUAUUCGCUUAUUCCCACAUCUUUGUCUCGAUUGUCUCUUGAACGUGACUGAUGCAAUCUUUCAAAUGGUUUGCCGUCACUCUGUUGACAGCUUCAUGAAUCAAAUUUUUCACGUCAGAAAAUUGGAAUGUUCUGUUGUUUGAAGCCACAUAGUUUUUUAUAUUUUCUCAAAUCAUUUCAAUGGGAUUUGAUUCGGAGUUAUAAGGGGUAAGCCUUAAAAUGGUCUUAUUUUGGUUUUUAGCCAUUUCGUCAAUAACAUUACGAUUAUAUUUAUAUUUGUGCUGCUUGGCUAGAUGGAUAAGUUCUGCUUUGGCCAUAUUUUCAUUGAAACCAAUGUCCUUUGAUAUGAGCCAUUGUUGAGUUUGUGCCUUUCUUGUGGACAUUGUGGGAUUUUUUUCUAGUUGUCUAGUGUAGUAUGCAGCAUUAUCAAGUACAAUGACGGCAUUUUCGUCAAGCUUUGGGAACGUUUCUUCAAACCAUCGUUCAAAUGAACUCCCUUCCAUUUCUUCAUGGUAGUCGGUCGUUUUCUUUCACUCAAAUGCCCAUAGGGCAGUUUGCACAACACCAUCUUCACUACCAAUGUGACAGGUAACAAAUCAUAUUUAUUUUCUCCUGCAUUUAUCCAGGUUUCAUCCCAGCAAUAAAUCUUCCUGCCCUGGUCGCGGUAUUUCUUUAUUGAUUUUAAAUAAUUUCUUCUCCAUAAACGAAUCUCUUGGCUGUCCAUCAAAAUAAUAUUUCUGCCCCGUUUUCUAUACUCAAAAUAAAGUUCUUUGAGUAAACUAUAGAAUGUACUCCUUUCCAUCACUAUUUACCUCCUGUAAUCCGUUGUCUAUGGUGGGCAGUUCCUGCCUUUCAACAAAUUGAUGGACUUUGCGUCUGAUGGCAUUCCGAUCAAAGUUAUCAAUUGUACCGAACAGAUUCGUGCAAUGCAUCCUCUUGUGUGGUGGAGACAUUUUUUUUGUUAUAUUCCUUGACAAUGCUGAAAAUUAUCUUAGGACUUAAGCCUGCCUUGUUCGCCACACGUCUUUCAAUAUCAUGAAUUUUCAUUUUAGGAUGCCCUAAAAUUUCUCUCUUAUAAAAUUUAAGGACAAUUUCUUUUGCCUGAAUAUUCAAUGUCCCUUUUUGUCACUUUUUCGGGGAGGAGACGUCACUGAAGAGGAAGCACGGCUGAAGGAAGCUUUGCCGCGCUGCAUCUUUGUUGUGCCGGGGUGUAAAUGGACUACCAAUAGGGUAUCAUAAUAAAUGAUAGAAACUGUGAUAGAAGAAAUGAGUUUCUUCAAAAGUUCAGUAUAUAUUAGGAUUACAUUAUGAUGUAUGCAGAAUGAGUUAUCUUGUUUUUGUAUUUUGUCAUUGUUCAGCAUUGAAAUAUAUUAUACAAGGUUGUUGAGAUGUUUUUGCUCAAUUUAGCAUAGAGUAUUCAUCUAUUCUUCUAGAUAUUUAUUAGAAAUGAUGUAUCAUAUUUUAUCGAGAUCAUUUUUGUAUAGUUGUUAUCUUGUGACAGUUGACUACCAUUUAUAGCAGUUACAAAGUAUUAAUGGACUAUUAACCAGUAUUUACAGGCCUAUUUGAUGGUGGAAAUGUUUGGGAAUUUUAUUUGGGCAGCACUAUAAAGUUUCUAGAUACGUGUUUAGUCAAACCGCAGUGAUUCUAGAGGCUCGAUUCGGCCCUACAGCCAGUUUUUGAAGUUCUCGAUGUCAUUUAAGGCGCAUCUGAACUUCAUUUAUGCAUUAGGUCUAAUGGAUUGGGUAGCAGUUUCUCUCGUCUGUUAAGGAUUGAGCCUAUGAGCACCUUAUUAAAUGAUUGGAAAGUAUUAAUUAGUGAUUUUCAACUGCUGAGGAUAAGUAGGGUUCUGACAUACAUAAAUAAAUAUCUCACUUGUUUUAUAACUUUGCUAAAUAAUAGAACAUACCUGGUUCAACACCCGUUCAAGUAAAUUAGUCCAUAUUACAGAUAAAGAGGACUCGAACAAACAAAAUUCAGCUUUGGGAUAUAGUCGAGCUAAAAAAAAAACGUUUGCAGAGAUGGUAAGGAAGAGGUUUAUUUUCCGACUCUUAAAAAUGACAAUAUUGUGGAAAUAUAUCUGAAUAAUAUCAGUAACAAUACAAACUAAUAUAGAUCAUACAAAAUAAAUUCAUUUAAAACAUUCGAUUGCAUUCACAUGCAUUAUCAAUAAUCUAAUCCUUCUACAUGAGAACUUAUACCCUAUUUCAAGAGUAACCAUCACGCUUUGACGUCUACCGAGGUGAACAACUGAAAAGCAAGUGACAUUUUUGUGUUACGUCUUCGACGUUGACAAUAAUGAAUCGGGUGUAAAUCUAGUAAAACUAGUUUGUAGCGUUUUGUUUUUUGUAUGCAAAUGAACUUUUCUAAAUAAAAGGGCUGUUAGCAAGUACAAAAUGAAUCUGUAGCGUACAAAAAACCAAAACAAAAUACGGCUCUGUCUACCCGAGGUUGACGGAUCCGUCAGAAUUAUGUCCUGAGCCAAUAUUGGGAAUUUUGAGAUAUUACUAGAUAAUCAGCUGCCAUUCUACCGUGAUGGAUACUCGUGGAAUAGGGUAUAAUUACCAAGUAGCUUAAGUUCAUUCAUAUAAGUAUAUUAAACAUAUCCAGAGAUCUAUGUUCUCUUUAUAUUGGGAUAUGUAUUACGUGGUUGGAAUAACUGCUUUGUAAAUAGUGAAGCUGUAAUAUAUUUGUAUAAAACUAUCAUCUACCAAUAAAUUUUAUAUUCUGAAAAAA